CCGGCCUCUCCAACGAGUCUCUCACAACUGCCUUAUCCAUCGAUCCGCUGGACGGGACUAAUUCUAGGCUAUCUAUCAUCACUUCAUCACAUCUUCCAUCUACAACAACCAACGGCGAUAAUGGCCGCCUUGCCGCAGCUGCUUCUGACCCUCUUCCCCGCGGCGGUUGCCGUCCUGAUCCUGCUGCUCGCCUCGGCGCCGGCCGCGCGGGCCUCGUCGGCGACGUACCGCUGCGGCUGGUGCCCGCGCAGGUCCACCGCGUCCAUCCUCCCUCCCGACGCCGGCGCGCUCACCGGGGCCGCGUGCGGGUACGGUGGCCCGGCGGCGGCGGAGACGGCCGUCGACGAGGGCUUCCACAUUGCCGCCGUCAGCGCCGGUUUCUUCCGCGGCGGCCGGGCGUGCGGCGCCUGCUACCAGCUGAGGUGCAGGGGCCGGAGCGCGUGCGCGAAGGAUGGCGUCAAGGUCGUCGUCGUAGGCGAAGUGCCGGACACGAACAAGACAGCAGCUGGCCGCUUUCUGCUCACCAAGGACGCCUUUGCCGCCAUGGCCACGCCAGACCGUGGCGCCGAGCUCGCGGACGCGGCCCUCGACGUGGACUUCAGGAGGAUUCCCUGCGUGUACAAGAGCAAGAACCUGGCCGUUAAAGUAGAGGAGACGAGCAGCAGGGACCAGGGCUACCUCGCCCUCCGCUUCCUCUACCAGGGCGGCCAGACCGACAUCGCCGCCGUCGAGGUCGCGCAGGCGGUCACCGGUUCUAGCGGCACCAACAGCGACGCAGCACCGUUGCCAACAUCGUGGCAGUACAUGACCCGGCGCGAGGCGUCCCCCUCGGUGUGGCGCACGUCGCGCGUGCCGGCCGGUCCGCUGCGGCUCCGGCUCGUGGUCACCGCGGGCUCCGGCGGCAAGUGGCUGCGCGCCGACUGGGCGGUGCUCCCCGCUGAGUGGCAGCCCGGCGAGGUCUACGACACCAGUCUGCGCGUCACCGACGUCGCCGCAAACACCUGCGGCGGCGCCUCCUGCUCGGCCACGGACGAGGGCGACGACGCCGAGCAGCUCCGAUGACGCGCUCCCCUUGCAUGCGUCCACGGAUGAGCCAGUGACCGAUCGAUGUCCAUCGGAGCCAACCUGCACGCCGACGGCGACGCCAGACACGCACAUCUCCACCGGCUGGCCGCCGGAAUAUCGGUCGAUGCUGCAUGUACACUGUACAGAGACGUGUACAUCGCAACGUACGACAUGCAUGCAUGUGUGAGCAUGGUCGACGACGAGUCCCGGUUAGGACAAAACCUCCAUGUCCCGCUCUAAAGUAUAAACAGAGGAGAUUGGAGUGUAGCUUCACGUGUGGCGGGAAGGGACUAAUGCAGAGAAGAACAUGUACAUAGAUCUGUCUUGGUCUUGGAAUCACAUGACAGUGUUGCUGUUUUGGCUGCACGUCCUCUUCCUCUUUAGCAUAGUAGGAGAGCAUUAUUGUAGGUUGAUUCCACGAGCUGAUUAAGAUUGAUCAAUUGCCGACUAUGGCUAAAUUAACUGUACCGUAUUAUAUUAAUUUCCGUUGUGCUUAAUUUGUAAU